GUUACCUGAUGCUCACAAAAGGGAUAUUUCGUAGAGAAAAAGGUGCGCUGACAAUGCGGGCGUCUGUUGUUCUGCUGGUGUUGCUGGUUGUGGCUUCACACACUGCGGCAAAGCCCAAAAACCGCUUCACUCGCUAUCCAUCAUGGAACACUAAGAUGUACCCAAUCUGGAAAGAUGGAGACCCGAGAUACAAAGACUCCUGGAAAGGUGGAAGAGUGACUUUCAAUGUAGGGAACGAUUCACCAACUCUGACUGCAGCCAAAGUUACCUUUACCAUCGACCUGGAGUUCCCACACAACCAGAAGGUGCAGCCGGAUGGAGACGUCGUUUGGGCCGAAGACUGCGUAGUCAAUGGAACAAAGUACCACGGGUCUGAGCCAGUGUACCCAACUCAGAACACAGACUGGGAAGCGGUUUUCCCUGAUGGGUCACCGGUUAAGAAGGACAAGAAGCCGAACUACGUGUUUGUCUGGAAGACCUGGGGUCAGUACUGGCAGGUGGCCGACGGCUGCUCUUCCUCCCUGACCAUCGAUACAGAUGACAUCCCACUGGGCUCCUACACCAUGGACAUCGUUAUCUACCACUACCGCAGCAAGGAGAAGUUUAUUCCUCUGGGAUACGCCUCCACUCAGUUCUCCAUCACUGAUCAAAUCCCCUUCGCCGUCUCUCUGGAUCAAGUGAACGACAUUGUGGCCGGGGACAUGCGCUUCAUCCAGAACAGGGCGAUCGCCUUCACCAUCACCCUCCACGACCCCAGCCAGUACCUCAGCAACGCAGACAUCACCUUCAACUGGGACUUUGGGGAUGAAAGUGGAGCCCUCAUAUCCAGAGAGCUGACUGUCACUCACACCUACAUCAGCUCCGGCUCAUUCAAACCUCAGGUGGUGAUCCAGGCGGUGAUCCCAGAUAAGGCCUGCGACCCACCCGUUGGUACCCCGACCAAGGCCCCCGGUCCACCCACUGAUCGAGGCACCACAGUGAAAGCUCCUGCACUGGCGUCUGCUGUCCCCAUACUGGUUUCCACCAAGUCAACUGGCCUGAACGUCAACCUGGUGCCUUCGGACACAGAGGAGGACAACACUGAGGAUGAGGCCUCCACUGCCUCCACCCCUCAACCUGCCCAGGAAACACCCGGGGUGGCCAAAACUCCCUCCCCCGUCAACCCUGUCCUGCCAGCUGACAGUGAAGCACAGACCGGGCUUGCAGCAAGUGGAAAGCGAACGGUGACACUGACGGGCCAAGCUACAGUGGAAGUAGUUGCUAAGAGGGCUGCUGGAGAUAAACCCUCCGACGAUGACUGUGUCAUAUAUCGUUAUGGCUCCUUCUGCACUGGCAUUGAAGUGUUUGAGGGAAUUGAGAAAGUAGAGAUUGUACAAAUGGACAAUGCCGUGUUUGCGACGCCUGAGAUGGACAAAAAUGUUUUGGACAUCACUGUUACCUGCCAGGGAAGCCUUCCGAAAGAGGUGUGCACCGUGAUUCUGGAUGCAGAGUGCUUGAGGCCGAUUCACACGGCGUGCAACAUGGUGGAGCCCUCCAAAGAGUGCCAGCUGGUGUUGCGUCACUUCUUCAACGACUCUGGCAUCUACUGCAUCAACGUGUCCAUGGCCAAUGACGUCAGUUUAGCUGCAGCCAGUGCCAAAGUCAGCGUCGACAUGGGGUCAGGUCUGUCCUCUCUGGGCACUGUCGGCAUGGUGUUGGGUGUCUUGGUACUCGUCCUAGCAGUAGGAAUAGUGGCAUAUUCUUACAAGCGCUUUAAGUCCUACCGCCCUCUGAAGGAGGACCUGAUUGUGUCUGCCGGCCCGCAGCCCGACCGGGUUCACAGCUGCUCUGGAGCCUCGAUGUUCUGGAGUCUUCUGAACAAACGGGGAGCUGUGGACAACUGCCCUCUGCUGCAGGACAGACCGGUGUAA